UGGGCAUUGGCGGGCACGAGUUUUGGGAUUUCUCUCAAAGGGGAAAAAAUUUCUGGUCUUAAUUUGGUUAAGCUCUCUUCCACCCUUUCGGUGCUAAUGCUGCCGGAGUUAUGGCCGUUCCUCUUUUGUGCUCUUUCUCGGUUUUCUCCUUCUCAGAUCCCUGCCCAGUUCUCUUCCCUGCCCCUGAGUGUUUCAGUGAGUAGGGACUGGCCAUGCAUGAGACCCUCUUGUGUAGGGAUUAAUUUCGACCCUGGGAACUUGGCAUCUACGAUGUCUUUGUGGGGAUCUUAGCGAUGAUGGUCGAGCUACAAGGAACUGGAGAAUAACUUCACGAUGAAAUUGAGUCUCUCCAGGGUGGUUCAAGGCUGUCGCCUGGGCACAUUAAGUAAUCUGGGAAAGAAAGGGGACCGCUGCAUGGAGUUUCCAGGAUGUCUGCUCUACACCAGGACUGGGUCGGCUCCUCAUCUGACUCAUGACACAUUGCAGGUCAUCAGCGGGGUUCCUGCCAUGACUCAGCUCACCCUGUCCUCACUGGCAGAGCACUAUGAAAUCUUGGAGGAAUAUAAAGAAGGAAUUGGAAAAUUUAUAGGAAUGCCAGAAUCAGUGUUCUAUUGUUCCCUCCAUGAUCCUGUUAAUCCCUGCCCUGCUGGCUUUGUCACUAACAAGUCUGUGUCUGUGUGGGGUGUUGGAGGGCGCUUGGAAAUGACUGUGGCCAAGUUCAUGGCCAUUCAGCAGGCCCUUCAGCCUGACUGGCUUCAGUGCCUGUCCGACGGGGAGGCCUUGUGCGCUGAUGCCUCCUCUUCCAAGAGAGCCAAGAAGUCUGUGGAUCGGACCCUUGCCUUCCUAGAUGAGUGUCUAAAGCUCCAGGAACAGUCUGAGGUUCUUCGGAGUUGUGUGAUGAUUGGAGUAAUUGAAGGUGGUGAUAUACUAGAGGAAAGGCUGAGAUCAGCAAGGGAGACGGCAAAACGGCCUGUGGUUGGCUUCCUCCUGGAUGGUUUUCAUGGAGAUGCCAUGACAAAGGAGACGAGGUUAAGGCUGAUAUCGUCUGUCACAGCCGAACUCCCAGAGAACAAACCAAGGCUCAUCUGUGGUAUUGGGCAGCCAGACGAAGUACUGGAAUGCAUUGAGGCAGGGGUGGACCUAUUUGAGAGUUUUUUCCCUUACCAAGCGACAGAACGGGGCUGUGCCCUGACUUUCAGCUUUGAUUACGAGCCCAACCCCGAAGACAUGGUAUUACAGCAAAAUGGGCAGAAGGAAGGAGAAGAAAAUGGGGAACAUAUAGAUAAGAUUAUUACAACUAAAUGUGUUCCAGAAACAUCUUUUGAAAUAAAUCUGAAAGAAAAAAUGUACCGCGAUGAUUUUGGUCCUCUGGUCGGGGGGUGUUCCUGUUACUGCUGUAAGAACCAUAGUCGGGCUUAUGUCCACCACCUGCUGGUGACCAAUGAGCUGCUGGCGGGGGUGCUCCUCAUGAUGCACAACUUCCAGCACUAUUUUGGCUUCUUCCAUGCUAUCAGAGAAGCUCUGAGAAAGGAUAGGCUGGGGCAACUGAAGGAGCUCAUCUACAGGCAGGCAUGCUGAGGCCCAGGAAACAGAAGACAGCCACAAUGAGCAGCCAUCUCAGUGGAACAAAUGAAGAAACUCAGGACACAUGACAGACCCAGCUUUGAUGGCUAGGCUUUGGGACCAAUAAUAGCAAUAUUUAGCAUUUCUCAAGUUUUAGGGUUUGCAAAGUGAUUUUUUUUGGACAUUUGUUUAUUUUUGGUUCAAUUUUUAUUUCCAGGUUGUCUCCCGCCCUUCCAACCCUGCAUUAGAUUCACUGAAGGCAGAAAGUUUGAUAAACAGUAAAAUAAUUUAUAUUGUGCUUUAAGGCUUGAGGAACACUUUCAACACAUUGCCCAAUUCAUUUGAGAAUUCAACAGCCCUCUGAGGAAGAUGCUUACAGGUAUUAUUAUCCAAAUAGUUAGUAGGUAUCAGAGGCAAGACUUGAACUCAAGUCUUCUCCACUCCAAUUCUAACAUUUUAUUUUCUAUAGUGUCUUUUUUUCCCUAUAGAGAAGAUAGCUAAAGAUUAGAAGGAAUCCUGCCUCCUGGUGGUAAGAAAAGUAAGUAGAAGUUUCCCCUCUCCAAAAGUAUCUUUAAUUCCCCAUUUACUAGUGAAAGGUAGGAAUCACUGUAUCAGCAAGUUACAGUAUUUUAAUUUUAUAUCAUUAGACCCCUAUCCAUGGUAGGCCCCAAAGGUUGCCACUGCAAAUGUCACUCCUGUAGCCCAGAGUGAUUGAAUGGGGCAGAUUCCCAACAUUUUAGUGGCAUCUUUUUCCCUCCUGAGAAUGGUAGAUUCAGAAAUUUCUCCUCCUAUAACUAAUUCAGCUAAGUAUUAUUGUCCUCCAGGGGACAGUGUGGAACUGUUUUGUUGUGCCCUCCCGAAAACCAGCUUCUAUCUUCUUUGCUAGUUUAAGGCUAAAAACUGGCUUCUUGAUGGCAGACGCCUGCCGGCAAGACACCAUCAUAGGCCCAGGCUAAUAAAUCCUCAUCAAGUCUAUAGAGAUUCAUUUGGUAAUUGUAGGGGGUGGGGGGUAGAGGGGUGGCAUUUUUAGACCAGACUAUUGUUUGUACCGUUUAAUAUAUUUUCUUGGUUUUUGGUAUCUCAUUUUCUCUGGCACCAAAGACAAAGUAGCAGAAUGCUGUAGGAAGAGCACUUCAUUUGGAGUCAGAAGACCCGAGUUCAAAUUUUGGCUCCCUCACUUUAUUACCCAUGCGGCCUUGGGCAAAUUCCCUAACCUCUUUAUGCCUCAGUUUUCUCAUCUAUAAAAUGAAGGCAUUUGAUUAGAGGAUUUCUAAGGUCCUUUCCUAUGCUAAGUCCUAUGACUUUUGUUUCUUCAUUUAUGAACAAUUUUGUUUUAUUGUAACCAAUAACGGUAAUACUACAAAUUUGCAUAACAUUGUACAGUGUCCAGAUUGUUUUUAUAUGCAUUAUUCCAUCUGGUGCUACUAAGUAAUGGCUGAGAGAGAUCUUUGGAGACUGCAGGAGGAAAUUAAAAUUAUUCUGUAUCAUUUAAUAAUUGAUCCUUUUCUGUAAUUAACUCUCUUCUGUAUUAUUGCUCCAUUUUGAAUGAUUGCUCAAGCCACAUUUUUACAUCCUUGAAUUAAGUUCAGGAAUGCAGUUUUCCCUCUGAGUUAGUUUAAAGGUAUAAUUGAAAGGGAAUGUUGUGUAUCACUCGUGCUAUGCUAGCCCCUGAGACAUCUGUUUGUUGUCUGUAAGCCCCAAACAAGAUGUAUCUGCAUCCUUCCCUUCCUUGUUCAGUUAGAGGAGAUUUGAUCUCUAAGGGGACAGUGAGUCUGGUGGUAUUGAUCCCCUACAAAGAUUACAGGAGGCAGAUGAGUCCCAUAAAGCAAUUCACAUUCCUUAAUUGUCAGAGAGGGGCAUGAUUAACCAGACGCUUUUCUUGGUAUAGGCAAUUGCAAUGGGUGUGUGUAUGUGUGUGUGUGUGUGCGCGCGCACACACACGCACCAAUAAAAGAGGGUCCCCCUUUCUUAUUGGGGUCCCUAGCCUCACUGAGGUGCUCAAUCUGACCCUCUGUUAAGUUAUACAUGCCAUUGUUUAGACUGAUUUUGCUCAGAGUAUGUAUCUCAGUUUAUUGAAUUUUCUUGCAGCAAUGGAAAGAACUUGCAAGUCUGGAGACCUGGGUUCAAGUUACGAUUCUGUCAUUGAUUUGGUGAUGUUAGAGCAGUGCUUUCCAUGAGUCUCAAUUUCCUCGUCUUUUAAAUGGGGAUGAAAACUAUUCCAGUCUCUUAGGAUCGUUGUGAGGAUCCAAUGAAGUAACCUGUAAAGUGCUUUGUAAAUUGUAAAAUGCUGCAUAAAUAUAAGCUCUUGUUAGGAGUAGCCGGUGCAUUAAUGGUUAGGAGUAGAAGGUGUGUUAAUGACUUGACAUCAGCAGACCCUAAAGAGGAAAAGGCCUUUGAUGCCUGCAUACCAGGAAUGUGGUUCUCAUCUCUUGGAAUCCCCUGGUUCCUUCAGGGUUUAGUUCUGGACAUUCCUUCCUAUGAGGAAUCUUUCCCUGAUCUCCUCAAAUUACCCUGUAGUUACUUCUUGGGGGUACAUGUAUAUUCUUCCCCACCCUACCCUCAGAAGCCUGCUUGAGGGCAGGGACUGUUGUAUUUUUGUUUUGUAUUCCUAGUAUGGAACACAAUACUACGUUCACAGUAGUAGGUGUUUAAUACAUAUUUGUUGAAUAGAAUUGAAAAAAAUUGAAUCCGUGUCAUCAUUCAGCUUUCUGUGACUUUUCCUAGUCCUUGAUUGGUUUCCUCUUUUAUAUAUAGAUCUAAGGUAUAUCCAUUUAAAUUUUUUAUCUAUAUUUGUUCAUUGUUCUAACAUUACUUUUUUAUCUUCAGGGCAUCAUUUUUCUAGUUUUUUGGAAGUGACAUUUAUGGUAUCUUUUUUUUGCAAAGAAUAUUUGUAUAUGGAACAUUCAUGGCAGCAUUUUUAACCUAGCAUUCUCACAAAAGACAAGGAAGGGGUGCCUAGGGAAUACAAGGGCUCUGCCUUUGAGGAAUAUACAGUAUAAUUGAUAUUAAAGAAUGUCUGAUCUCAGCAGCUAAUCAUGACGGUUUAAAUAUUGCUGAUUUUGGGGGGUACCCAAACUAUUGGAAUCAGAAGGAUGUGAAUAACCAAGAAUCCCUAUUAAGUUUAUGGAUUUUAUUUAUGCUUAAAUAUAGUAAAACUUUUUUCUUAUUUUUUUCAAUUUAAGGAAAUCUCUUUUUGUUAUUGGUGGUUUAAAAAUAUUUCUUUCCUUUAGUACAAUAUCUUGCCUACUUAGAUAAAAUUAAAUAGACAAUAAACAUUUUGCUCAAAA